AGCCAUGACAGAGCCACGCAGGGUUUCGUUCACCACUCUUCACGGUCCACCGAGCAGCAGCUUUGUGAACUCUGGGAGAGGCAAUGGAGAGCAGUGCCAGAACCCUGAACCAGCUGCAAAAACUGUUCGAAUUGCACUUACUCUCUUCGAGCCGGACCACAAACGUUGUCCAGAAUUUUUUUACCCAGAUCUUCUGAAGAGUUGUGAGAAGGUAAAAGGUGGUUCUUCAGAAGACAAGGGUGGCAAGAGACGUAGAAAGGACCGUAUUCAGGACUUGAUUGAUAUGGGGUAUGGAUACGACGAAUCUGACUCCUUCAUUGAUAAUUCUGAAGCAUAUGAUGAGCUUGUUCCGGCUUCUCUUACUACAAAGUAUGGAGGGUUUUACAUCAACUCAGGAACACUGGAAUUCCGUUCAGCGUCUGAAUCUGAAGAUGACUAUGUUAAAGAGAAAAAGAAGUGUCCCAAGAAGCGGAAGUUGAAAGAUGGAGGUGAAAAAAUGAAGAAGAAGAAGAAAGAUGAUUCUUAUGACAAGGAGAAGAAAUCCAAAAAGUCCAAGUUUCCAAAAGCUGGCAUAGAGCUGCAGACUCGGGAGCUGAACAGCCAGAUCCGGUCAGGGGUGUACGCCCACCUGGCUGCUUUCUUCCCAUGCAGUAAGGACACUCUGGUCAAGCGUGCCCGUAAGCUUUAUCUCUACGAGCAGGGUGGCCGCUUGAAGGAACCUCUACAGAAGCUAAAGGAAGCCAUUGGAAGGGCCAUGCCAGAGCAGAUGGCCAAGUACCAGGAGGAAUGCCAAGCCCAUACUCAGGCCAAGUUUGCCAAGAUGCUGGAAGAGGAAAAGGACAAAGAGCAGCGAGAUCGAGUUUGUUCUGAUGAUGAUGAGGAUGAAGAAAAGGGAGGGAAGCGUGUCAUGGGACCGCGAAAGAAAUUUCAAUGGAAUGAUGAAAUCAGGGAGCUGCUUUGCCACUUGGUGAAGAUUAAGUUGGAUGGUUAUGACCUUGACAAGAAUAAGGCUCAGUCCCUAGAGGAUUAUGUGAAGACCUUCCUAGAUGGAGAGGUGAAGCCCCUUUGGCCAAAAGGCUGGAUGCAGGCCAGAUUUUGUCUGGGUGUGGGACAACCAGUCAAAAUAAGUCGACGGCCACCCUGCUGACCUGCGACAACCGCAAGGUGAACUUCCACAUGGAGUACAGCUGUGGCACUGCUGCCAUCCGGGGAAACAAAGAGCUGGCAGACAGGCAGCACUUCUGGGAGAUCAAGAUGACUUCCCUGAUCUAUGGCACGGACAUGAUGGUGGGAAUUGGGACAUCAGAUGUGAAUCUGGACAAGUACCGCCACACCUUCUGCAGCCUGCUGGGCAAGGACGAGGACAGCUGGGG